AUGGCAGGCUUGGAAGCUCUUGAAGCCCUCACCGAUAAGCUGUACGACUUCAUCCAGUCCAUGGAAGAUGAGGGAAUAGUGGACUACCAUUUCAAAGACUGUUACAGCAUGAAGGAGGCCAAUGGACCCUUUUUGUUCAUUGAGAUUCUUCCUACUUACAUAUCUGAUUCCGAAACAACCUUAGCGCAGAUGACUAAUUUAUUGGAUGAGCCUAUUGUUAAUUACAAUCAGCUCGAACAACUAUGCAUCAAGCUUCAAGGAGGGACGGCAUGCAUUGGUGCCUGCCGCAUGGCGGCUUCAUGUGGCCUUCUUCGUCAUGCUGCUGCUGCCGGAAAUAAGGAUGAGUAUGAAAUCAUUAAACUUAUGUCCUAA